AUGACUAACCAUACUUCAGUGAAUGAGUUCUUUCUUCUUGGAAUAACAGAUACUCAGGAACUUGAACUCUUCCUCUUUACCAUUUUCCUUAUCAUCUACAUCCUUACCCUCAUUGGGAAUGGUGCCAUCCUGGUGAUUGUCAUCUCUGAUCCUCGACUCCAUUCCCCCAUGUAUUUCUUCUUGGGUAACCUCUCUUGUCUGGACAUCUUAUACUCCACAGUAACCCUGCCUAAAGUGCUAGAUAACUUCUUCUCCAUCCACAAGACCAUUUCCUUUGUGGGCUGUAUUACUCAGCUCCAUUUCUUCCAUUUCCUUGGUAGCACAGAGGGCAUCCUUCUGGGUGUCAUGGCCUUUGACCGCUUUGUGGCUAUAUGUAAUCCACUCUGCUAUAUGCUUCUCAUGAACCACCAAGUGUGCCUCUAUUUGGCUGCUACAACCUGGAUCACUGGUUUCUCUUAUGCCUUGCUCCAUUCUAUUAUGACUUCCCGUUUGACAUUCUGUGGAUCAAACCACAUACGUCACUUCUUCUGUGACAUUAAGCCACUACUAGAACUGGCUUGUGGGAACACUAAGCUGAACCAAUGGAUGGUUGAAACAGUCACUGGGACCAUUGCCAUGGGCUCUUUCUUUGUUAUACUCCUUUCCUACUUCUACAUUAUAAGUUUUCUCCUUUUUAAGAGUCGGUCCUGUAGUAUGCUUCAGAAAGCACUGUCUACCUGUGCUUCCCACUUCAUGGUGGUAAUAUUGCUCUAUGUACCCGUUGCAUUCACUUAUAUUCAUCCCGCCUCAGACAGUUCCAUGGAUCAGGACCGAAUAGUGGCUAUCAUGUACAGUGUGGUCACUCCCAUCCUGAAUCCACUGAUCUAUACCUUGAGGAACAAAGAUGUGAAGGGAGCACUGAACAAAGUCAUAAGAAAGAAACUGUGGUCUAGAUGA